AAUGGCCCCGUAGGGCAACAAGGAUGGUUAGUUUUGACCGUACUUAUUUUGUGUCAUAAAUUUCGAUCCUAAUUGGCAGCUAUUUGGGAUGUUUUAUAGUCACCAAACCCCUUUUUAUGAACUGUGGCCACUAAAUGGAGGGGUUUGGGCCUGGGAAGGCCCAUCUGUUCUCUCAACUGGGUGGGGAGUGGGGACAGUGUCUCCGGCGAUCUCAAGGAUAGGAGGGAAUGUUGACCAGGGAGCACCUGCGGCCGAUCAGAGGAGCAGGAACUCGAGCCCGAACCGAGUCGGAAUAAAGCCGGAUCCGGACGGUGGCUCCAGAUCGGUUGGAAGCGGAAGAUGGAGGAGCCGGAGGAACCGGCCGACGGUGGGCAGUCGCUGCCCCCGGUUUACAUAUACAGUCCCGAGUAUGUCAGCAUGUGCGAUUCUUUGACCAAAGUCCCCAAACGGGCCAGUAUGGUACAUUCUCUGAUUGAAGCAUAUGCACUGCAUAAGCAAAUGAGGAUUGUUAAGCCAAAAGUGGCCUCCAUGGAGGAGAUGGCCACCUUCCAUACUGACGCCUAUCUGCAACAUCUCCAGAAGGUCAGCCAAGAAGGAGAUGAUGAUCACCCGGACUCCAUAGAAUAUGGGCUAGGUUAUGACUGCCCAGCCACUGAAGGGAUAUAUGACUAUGCAGCAGCUAUAGGAGGGGCUACAAUCACAGCAGCCCAAUGCCUGAUUGAUGGAAAGUGCAAAGUAGCAAUUAACUGGUCUGGAGGGUGGCAUCAUGCAAAGAAAGAUGAAGCAUCUGGUUUUUGUUAUCUCAAUGAUGCUGUCCUGGGAAUAUUACGAUUGCGACGGAAAUUUGACCGUAUUCUCUAUGUGGAUUUGGAUCUGCACCAUGGAGAUGGUGUAGAAGAUGCCUUCAGUUUCACCUCCAAAGUCAUGACCGUGUCUUUGCACAAAUUCUCCCCAGGAUUUUUCCCAGGAACAGGUGACGUGUCUGAUGUUGGCCUAGGGAAGGGACGGUACUAUAGUGUAAAUGUGCCCAUUCAGGAUGGCAUACAGGAUGAGAAGUAUUACCACAUCUGUGAAAGUGUACUAAAGGAGGUAUAUGUAGCCUUUAAUCCCAAAGCAGUGGUCUUACAGCUGGGAGCUGAUACAAUAGCUGGGGAUCCCAUGUGCUCCUUUAACAUGACUCCAGUGGGACUUGGCAAGUGUCUUAAGUACAUCCUUCAGUGGCAAUUGGCAACACUCAUUUUGGGAGGAGGAGGCUACAACCUUGCCAACACGGCUCGAUGCUGGACAUACUUGACCGGGGUCAUACUAGGGAAAACACUAUCCUCUGAGAUCCCAGAUCAUGAGAAUGGCUGGUGGGUUUGAACCACCAUCCACUGCACCACCAGAAUUAUAUUUUUAUUUAUCUAUAGUGUUUCUGAAUGUAUCCCUUUAUAUAGUUUUUUUAGUGGUUGCUUCAGGUAUUAGUUUAUACACAUGUAACUUAUCUCAGUCUACUGGUAUCAACAUUUUACACCUUUGAGUGUAGUGCAGAAACCUUACUUCCCUUUAUGUCCCAUUACCCUCCUCCCUUUAUAAUAAAAAAAAUUUUUUUUUAAUUAAAACUUAAAAAAUUAAAUAAAUAUAUUUAUCAGACAGACCUACUUUCAUUGACCAGCACCGGGGAGUGAUUAUAGUAGCAAUAUGUACUAGGCAAGUUGGCCAAAUUAUUUUACCAGCCUGUGCCCGUUUCCUCAUCUAUAAAAUGCAGAUUAUUGUGAAGAUUAACUGUGUUGGUCUAGGUAAAGUGCUUAACACAGUGGCUGGCAUAUAGUAAGUACUCAAUGAAUUUUAUAUAUUAUUAUUGUUAUGUCAAAAAUAUUGGUAAAACUCCUCAGAACCAGUGACUUGUUUGCUCUUAGCCCCUCAGUGCUGAGAAUUUGGCACACAAUGAAUGCCUAAUAAGUAAAGAAAUUGAACAUUGUGCUGUGUUGGGUGCUGUGUGGAUUUAGCUAAACAGCACUUGCUGACACAGCUUAUGGGCCAAAACACUGAAAGCCUAUCUAAAUGAAAUAUUACCAUUUUAUAUAAGUAGAGGUGAGUAUGAAUGAAGAUAAAUGCUAGAAGUAGUAUAUUUCAGUUGUAUAUUUAGAAAAGGUCAUAGCGCCAAAGAUUCACAACUAACUGCCCUCCUAUUGCAGAAAGGCUUUAUUGAGUGAGGAUUUAGGAACUCUUUGAAUGAGAAAAAAAAGUAACAUUUAUUAAGCACCAAUCAUAUCCCAUGUAGAUGUAUCUAUAUGCUAGGUCCUUUAUAUAUAUUAUCUUUACAUCUCCCAUCAACCUUCGGUACCCCAAUAUACAGAUGAGAAAACUAAGACUCAGAAAGUAACUUGCCCAGGAUCAGUUCAUAAAUAACAGAGCCAGGAUUCAAACCCAAAUCUAUCAGAUUUCUGAGCUUAUCCCCUUUUCCCUACUUUCAUUGGUAGGGCCCAAAGUUUUAAUAUAAGAAAUACAUGGGAGAGAAAUAAACAUUUGUUAAAUAUCUACCACUUGCAAGACAAAUACAACAUGUAUUAUUUCAUUUAGUUUUUAUAGCAGUAUUUUAUUCAAUCCUCACAACAACCCUAUGAGAAGGAAGGGGAAGAGAAAUAACAUUUAUUAAGCACCUGCUUUGUGCCUAACAUUUCAGUAGUAGUGCUUAUAAAAAUUACUUCACAUGGUCUCCUAACAAGCUAGUGAAACCAGUAUUAUCCCCACAGCUAGAAGAAUCUUAGCUGACUUUCCACUACACUUGGCCUGCCUCCCAAGGCAACUCCAAAGGACUCCCUUCCAGGUCACAUAUACCUAAGCAUUUCACAGAACAUGCUUUUCACAAAACAUCAUUUUUGUUUGUUUAAGUACAGCCCAUACAACACAAUGAUUUCUCCAUACCAGUGGUUCAUAAUCUUUUGGGUGGUCAUGAGCCACUUUGGAAAUCUGAUCAACUCUCCUAACAGACAAAUGCUUACACACACAUAAUUUCGGGUACAAUUUCAGAGCAUUCAUCAAUUUCCUAAAGCCCAUCAGUGGACUCUUUGUUUAAAACAAACAAAAACCUGCUCUAAAGAACAGAAAUACAUCUUAGAAAGCAAGAGAGAGAGGAGAUGGGGCUAAGCCGGCAGAGUAGUCAGAGGCUUCCAGUGAUCCCUCCAACAACAAAGGCCUGAAAAAACAAGUAAAAUGAUUACAUAUAUGACAAGCUAGGAGCACUGAACAUCAAAGGCUAAGUUAGAAACUAGACUGAGCAGCAGGGUCAGGAAGAAAUUGUUUAGAAGUGGCGAGGAGUUGCUGGACCUGAAUCACCGGGAACCCUCAGGCACCACCCCUGGAGCGACCGCGGCGGGCCUGGCAGUACUGUUCCGGAAGUGGUUUCCUCAGGGAGAGACAGCGAGCCAAACACCCUACUCACAGCUGCGGAACCAGAGAAGAACGGCACUCUCGGCAAAAGCUAAGUCCUUGCACUUAUUUUACUGGGCCUCCAGCCUCUGAAAUGGCUUCAGUGGCUCUCAAUUUCUCUGGGCCUGAGAUAGGUCCUGUUGCGCAUCCUGAGCCAUUCUCCCAGCCAUGAAAAAGGAAUAAAUUAACAAUUGGGGGAAAAGAUAAUCUGCCAGCUCCACUAAGCUGGGGAGCUCAGGACAGAAGUGGUUCCUGUCCAGGUACAAAUGGCCCACAGACAUUGACUACCUCCCCCCACAAAUGCACCUGUGUGGCCCCAUUUCAAGAGAAUAGGCCCUUGUUGGCAGACGGCAACUGUUUCAGCUGUGUGGUGGAGAGGUGUGUGUUUGAUGUUUGACACCGUUUUCCCUAUUAAACAGGGUUCUCACCUAUCCACAUCAGAGGCUGAAGGACCAGUGGCUCCACCCAGAUCACCAAGCCACCCGCAACAGGGGUCCAAGAAUAAGACAUACCUCCCAGUCCUUACAACGAAAAGCAUUGAAUGCCCACGGUCAGGCUGCAGAACCCACCCACCUGUGUGCUCUAGGGAACAGGGACAUGCUUUCCUCACAGACACUCAGGGGAUGGUUGUCAACCCCUUGCCUUGUUAAGAGCGUGAUCCCCUGCUGCAACCAGAUACCUGUACCUACACCAAUCACACCUGGCCCUCUAAGACUGUAGGACAGAGCCUGUACCACACACUUGAUGACCAACUACCUGGACACCUGAGAUAGAUCCAAACAAGAAAAGGGAAUGGACUCCUAAGAUCAUAUACCUGGUAACAGCUGUAGCCAUCUGGUGACAGGAUGUUAGAGCUUCAAAGGCACAAAUAAUCAAGGUAGCUCACUCAAGCAGUCUAUUUGGGCAUAUCAAAACAAAACAAAGCAAGAAGCUAGGAUACAGUAAGCAAACAUAAACUAAUACAAUAAUUUAUAGAUGGCUCAGAGAAAACAUUUAAUAUCAAAUCACAUAAAGAAGCAGACCAUGAUUGCUUCAACAAGCUCUCAAAACAAACACUCAGGGAAUUUUCCAGAUGAAGCUGUACUCCUGGAAUUACCAAAUGCAGAAUAAAGAAGAUUAAUAUGCAGAACUCUUCAAGACAUCAUGAAAGAAAACAGGCGAAAUGCAGAAGAAGCCAAGGAACACACAGAUAAAGAAGUUGAAGAAAUUAAAAAGGUUAUUCAAGAACAUAAUGAAAAACUUAAUAAGCUGCAAGAAUCCAUAUGGAAACAGCAAUCAGAAAUUCAGAGGAUUAACAAUAACAUUAAAGAAUUAGACAACUCAAUAGAAAGUCAUAGGAGCAGAACUGAGGAAGUGGAAGGCAGAAUUACCGAGAUUAAAGGUAAAACACUUGGCACCAAUAUAUGCAAAGAAUAAUCCAGUUAAAAGAAUUUUAAAAAAUGAACAAACCCUAAGAAUCACGUGGGACUCUAUCAAGAGAAAUAACCUACGAGUGAUUGGAGUGCCAGAAAAGGGAGGGAUAACAGACAAUAGAGAGAGAAUUGUUGGCAGAAAACUUCCCUGAUAUCAUGAAAGAUGAGAAGAUAUCUAUCCAAGGUGCUCAUUGAACUGCACCUAAGGUAAAUCUAAAAGUCACCAAUACAUAUUAUAAUCAAACCUGCCAAAACCAAAGAUACAGUGAAAUUUUAAGAGUAACUAGGGAUAAACAAAAAGCCACCUACGAAGGAGAGUCAAUAAGAAUAAGCUCGGAGUACUCGGCAGAACCCAUGCAGGCAAGAAGGCAAUGGGAUGACUUAUAUAAAGCACUGAAGGAAAAAAACUGCCAGCCAAGAAACAUAUAUCCAGCAAAACUGUCUCUCAAAUAUGAAGACAAAAUUAGGACAUUUCAAGAUAAACAGAAGUUUAGAGAAUUCAUAAAAACCAAAAACUGCAAGAAAUACUUAAGGCAGUUCUCUGGUUAGAAAAUCAAUAAUAUCAGAUAUCAACCCAAGACUAGAACAACCAAAUAUCAACCCAGAUAGGGAAAUCACAAAAAUAAAUCAAGAUUUAAAAAAUCCUCAAAAAAGGGAAACAGCAAUGUCAUUAUGUAAAAGAAGACAACAUUAAAACAACAAAAAAAGAGGGACUAAGAAAUGUAGUCAUAGAUUUUUCAUAUGGAGAGGAAGUCAAAGCGAUAUAAAGAAAUAAAAGUUAGGUUUAAACUUAGAAAAACAGAGGUAAAUAUUAAGGUAACCACGAAAGAGACUAACAAUUCUACUCAUCAAAAUAAAAUACAAGAAAAAAAAUAGAGACUCAGCAGAAACAAAAUCAAUAACGAAUAAGAAGACAAUAUAUAAACUACUCAGCACAAAAAAUUAAGUGGGAAAAAGAAACUGUAAACAACACACAAAAAAAAGACAUCGAAAUGAUAGCACUAAAUUCAUACCUAUCCAUAAUAACCCUGAAUGUAAAUGGACUAAAUACACCAAUAAAGAGACAAAGAGUGGCAGAAUGGAUUUUAAAAAAAGAUACAUCUAUAUGCUGCCUACAAGAGACACACCUUAGACUCAGAGAGACGCAAACAAACUAAAAUUCAAAGGAUGGAAAAAAUAUACCAAUCAAGCAACAAUCGAAAAAGAGGAGUGGCAAUAUUAAUUUCUGACAAAAUAGACUUUAAGAUUAAAUCCAUCAGACAAUACACCAAGAAGAUAUAACCAUAUUAAAUAUUUAUGCACCCAAUGACAGGGCUUUGAGAUACAUAAAACAAACUCUAUCAGCAUUGAAAAGUGAGAUAGACAACUCCACAAUAAUACUAGGAGACUUCAGCACACCACUUUCGGUGAAAGACAGGACAUCCAGAAAGAAGCUCAAUAAAGACACGGAAGAUCUAAAUGCCACAAUCAACCAACUUGACCUCAUAGACAUAUACAGAACACUCCACCCAACACCAACCAAGUAUACUUUCUUUUCUAGUGCACAUGGAACAUUCUCUAGAAUAGACCAUCUAUUAGGUCAUAAAGCAAGCCUUAGCAGAAUCCGAAACAUUGAAAUAUUACAAAGCAUCUUCUCUGACCAUAAGGCCAUGAAAGUGAAAAUCAAUAACAGGGAAAAGAAAUCAAACACUUGGAAACUGAAUAAUACCCUGCUCGAAAAAGACGGGAUUAUAGAAGACAUUAAGGAUGGAAUGAAGAAAUUCAGAGAAUCCAACGAGAAUGAAAACACUUCUUAUCAGAGCCUUUGGGAGACAGAAAAAGUGGUGCUCAGAGGCCAAUUUAUAUCAAUAAAUGCACACAUACAAAAAGAAGAAAGGACCAAAAUGAAAGAAUUAUCCCUACGACUUGAACAAAUAAAAAGAGAGCAACAAAGAAACCCACAGGCACCAGAAGAAAACAAAUACUAAAAAUUAGAGCUGAACUAAAUGAAAUAGAAAGCAGAAAAACAACUGAAAGAAUUAACCAGAUCAAAAGCUGGUUUUUUGAAAAAGAUCAACAAAAUUGAUAAACCAUUGGCCAAACUGACAAAAGAAAAACAGGAGAGGAAGCAAAUAAGCUGAAUAAGAAAUGAGAUGGGCGAUAUUACAACAAACCCAACUGAAAUUAAAAGAAUCAUAUCACAUUACUAUGAAAAAAUUGUACACAAACAAAUUUGAAAACCUAGAAUAAAUGGAUGAAUUCCUGGAAACACACUACCUACCUAAGCUACCACAAACCAAGGAAGAACAACUAAAUACACCCAUAACAAAAGAAGAGAUUGAAAAGGUUAUCAAAAAACUCCCAACAAAAAAAAGCCCUGGUCAGGAUGAUUUCAUUGCAGAGUUCCUCCAAACUUUCAGAGAAGAGUUAUCACCAGUACUACUAAAGGCAUUUCAGCGCAUAGAAAAGGACGGAAUACUACCAAACUCAUUCUAUGAAGCCACCAUAUCCCUGAUAACAAAACCAGGUAAAGAUACAAGAAGAGAAAACUAUAGACCUAUAUCCCUCGUGAACGUAGAUGCAAAAAUCCUCAACAAAAUUCCAGCCAAUAGAAUUCAACAACAUAUCAAAAAAAUAAUUCCCCAUGACCAAGUGGGAUUCAUACCAGGUAUGCAGGGAUGGUUCAACAUUAGAAAAACAAUUAAUAUAAUCCACCACAUAAAUAAAAAAAAAAGACAAGAAUCACAUGAUUCUAUCAAUUGAUGCAGGAAAGGCAUUUAACAAAGUUCAACACUCAUUCAUGAUAAAAACUCUCAGCAAAAUAGGAAUAGAAGGAAAAUUCCUCAACAUAAUAAAGGGCAUUUAUACAAACCCAACAGCCAGCAUCACCUUAAACGGAGAGAGAGUGAAAGCAUUCCCACUGAGAUCGGGAACCAGACAAGGAUGCCCUUUAUCACCACUCGUAUUCAACAUUGUGUUGGAGGUCCUAGCCAGAGCAAUUCGGCUAGGUAAAGAAAUAAAGGGCAUCCAGAUUGGUAAGGAUGAAGUAAAAGUAUCUCUAUUUGCAGAUGACAUGAUCUUAUACACAGAAAACCGUAGGGAAUCCUCCAGAAAACUCCUGAAACUAAUGGAAGAGUUCAGCAGAGUAUCGGGAUACAAGAUAAACAUACAAAAAUUGGAUUCCUCUACACCAACAAAAAGAACAUCGAAGAGGAAAUCACCAAAUCAAUGCCAUUUACAGUAGUCCCCACGAAGAUAAAAUACGUAGGAAUAAAUCUUACCAGAGAUGUAAAAGACUUACAUAAAGAAAACUACAGUACACUUCUGCAACAAACCAAAAGAGACUUACUUAAGUGAAAAAACAUACCUUGCUCAUGGAUGGGAAGACUUAACAUUAUAAAAAUGUCUAUUCUACCAAGAGCGAACUGUACCUAUAAUGCAAUUCCGAUCCAAAUCCCAACGACAUUCUUUAAUGAGAUGGAGAAACAAAUCCUGACUUCAUAUGGAAGGGAAAGAGGCCCCAGAUAAAUAAGGCAUUACUGAAAAUGAAGAACAAAGUGGGAGGCCUUACUUUACCUGCUUUUUGUACCUAUUAUCCCGCCACAGUAGUCAAAACUGCCUGGUACUGGUACAACGACAGAUACAUAGACCAGUGGAACAGAAUUGAGAAUCAAGACAUAAAUCCAUCCACAUAUGAGCAGUUGAUAUUUGACAAAGGCCCCAAAACAGUUAAAUGGGGGAAAAAAAAAACAGUCUUUUUUAACAAAUGGUGCUGGCAUAACUGGAUAUCCAUCUGCAAAAAAAUGAAAGAAGACCCAUACCUCACUCCAUACACAAAAACGAGCUCAAAAUGGAUCAAAGACCUGAAUAUAAAAUCUAAAACGAUAAACAUAGCAUAAACAGUAUACAAAACAUUAUAGAGAAUGCAGAAGAAAAACUAGAUAACUGGGAGCUCCUAAAAGUGAAGCACCUAUGCUCAUCCAAAGACUUCACCAAAAGAGUAAAAAGACUGCCUACAGACUGGGAAAAAGCUUUUAGCUAUGACAUUUCCAACCAGUGUCUGAUCGCUAAAAUCUACAUGACACUGCAAAAACCCAACUGCAAAAAGACAAAUAACCCUAUUUAAAAAUGGGCAAAACAGUGUCAGUUAAGUAAGGAAUAGUCUUUUUAACAAAUGGUGCUGGCAUAACUGGAUAUCCAUUUGCAAAAAAAUGAAACAGGACCCAUAUCUCACACCGUGCAUAAAAACUAACUCCAAGUGGAUCAAAGACCUAAACAUAAAGACUAAAACGAUAAAGAUCAUGGAAGAAGAAAUAGGGACAACCUUAGGAGCCCUAAAACAAGGCAUAAACAGAAUACAAAACAUUACUAAAAAUGACGAAGAGAAACCAGAUAACUGGGAGCUCCUAAAAAUCAAACACCUAUGCUCAUCUGAAGACUUCACCAAAAGAGUAAAAAGACCACCUACAGACUGGGAAAAGAUUUUCAGCUAUGACAUCUCCGACCAGCACCUGAUCUCUGAAAUCUAUAUGAUUCUGUUAAAACCCAACCACAAAAAGACAAACAACCCAAUUAAAACUUGGGCAAAGGAUAUGAACACGCACUUCACUAAAGAAGAUGUUCAGGCGGCUAACAGAUACAUGAGAAAACGCUCUCGAUCAUUAGCCAUUAGAGAAAUGCAAAUUAAAACUAUGAUGAGAUUCCAUCUCACUCCAACAAGGCUGGCAUUAAUCCAAAAAACACAAAAUAAUAAAUGUUGGAGAGGCUGCGGAGAGAUUGGAACUCUUAUACAUUGCUGGUGGGAAUGUAAAAUGGUACAACCACUGUGGAAAUCUAUCUGGCAUUUCCAGAACAAGUUAGAAAUAGAACUACCAUACAACCCCAGAAAUCCCACUCCUCGUAAUAUAUCCUAGAGAAAUAAGAGCCUUUACACGAACAGAUAUAUGCACACCCAUGUUUACUGCAGCUCUGUUUACAAAAGCAAAAAGCUGGAAGCAACCAAGGUGCCCAUCAUCGGAUGAAUGGAUAAAUAAAUUAUGGUAUAUUCACACAAUGGAAUACUACACAUCGAUAAAGAACAGUGAUGAAUCUGUUAAACACUUCAUAACAUGGAGGAACCUGGAAGGCAUUAUGCUGAGUGAAAUUAGUCAGACGCCAAAGGACAAAUAUUCUAUAAGACCACUAUUAUAAGAUUUUGAGAAAUAGUUUAAACUGAGAACACAUUCUUUUGUGGUUAUGAGAGGGGGGAGGGAGGAAGGGUGGGAGAGGGUUAUUUACUGAUUAGAUAGUAGAUAAGAACUACUUUAGGUGAAGGGAAGGACAACACUUAAUACAGGGAAGGUCAGCUCAACUGGACUGGACCAAAAGCAAAGAAGUUUCCUGGAUAAACUGAAUGCUUCGAAGGUCAGGGGAGCAAGGGCGGGGAUUUGGGGACUAUGGCUUCAGGGGACGUCUAAGUCAAUUGGCAAAAUAAAUUCUAUUAAGAAUACAUUCUGCAUCCCACUUUGAAAUGUGGCGUCUGGGGUCUUAAAUACUAAAAAGCGGCCAUCUAAGAUGCAUCAAUUGGUCUCAACCCACCUGGAUCAAAGGAGAAUGAAGAACACCAAGGUCACAAGAUAAUUAUGAGCCCAAGACACAGAAAGGGCCACAUGAACUAAGAGACUUACAUCAUCCUGAGACCAGAAGAACUAGAUGGUGCCCGGGUACAACCGAUGACUGCCCUGACAGGGAGCACAACAGAGAAACCCUGAGGGAGCAGUAGAACAGUGGGAUGCAGACCCCAAAUUCUCAUAAAAAGACCAGACUUAAUGGUCUGACUUAGACUAGAAGAAUCCCAGUGGUCAUGGUCCCCAAACCUUCUGUUGGCCCAGGAUAGGAACCAUUCCCAAAGCCAACUCUUCAGACAUGGAUUGGACUGGACAAUGGGUUGGAGAGGGAUGCUGGUGAAGAGUGAGCUUCUUGGAUCAGGUGGACACUUGAGACUAUGUUGGCAUCUCCUGCCUGGAGGAGAGAUGAGAGGGUGGAAGGGGUUAGAAGCUGGCAAAAGGGAGAGAAAAAGAGAGAGUGGAGGGAGAGAGCAGGCUGUCUCAUUAGGGGGAGAGUAAUUGGGAGUAUGUAGCAAGGUGUAUGUAAGUUUUUAUGUCAGAGACUGACUUGAUUUGUAAACUUUCACUUAAAGCAGUAUAAAAAUUAUUUAAAAAAAUGUAGUAAGAGGAGCAAAGCGUUUUCUACGUUGAACACAAGGUGCUAAUGGAACACCCAAGUGGAUCCAUCCAAGAAAAUCCCCCUAAAACCCAAACCCCUUGCCUAUGCAUAGUGACCCUAUAAGACAGAGUAGAAGUGCCACAUAGGGUUUCCAAGGAGCAGCUGGUGGAUUCGAACCACUGACAUUUUGCCUAGCUCCCGUAGCUCUUAACCACUGCACCACCAGGGCUCCAUCCAUCCAAGAUGCAGUGGAAUGUAAGAAUCUGAAUCUCUGAGAAAAAGUCAUGAGUGCAUAUAGAUUUGAGUUUUAAGAGCAUGUAAGAAAGGGUUAAAACCAUGAGGGUGGAUGAAAUUACCCAUGAAGAGUGUAUAAGAGGGAGGCCACAGUGCUAAGUAGGGAAUCUUGGAGAAUUUCAGUGUUUAAGGGAUCAGCAAAAAUGAGGUCACAGAAGAAUGUUCACAAGGAGAAGCAGUGAUGAAAAGCAUGGACUCUGAACUCAGUCAGUGUGGGUUUAUAUACUUUGGCCUCAGCUACUUAUCAGCUAUGUGACUUUUAGGCAAGUUAUUUUACCUCUCUAAACCUUGAUUAUUGUGAGGAUUAAAGGAGUUAAAACAUGUAAGCCCCUUAGAAUAGUGCCUGAUAAACACACAUUAACCAUUAGUUAACAUUUAUAUGGGAAAAAAAUGGAGUAAGAUCAUGAAAACUAGGAGUUGAAAGUUUAAAAGAUGAAGAGAAUGCUGAGAAGUGUCAGAUGUAGCUCAGAGGUCCAGUAAACUAAGAGCUCACUCACAAGUUUGGGUUAGAUUUGAUAACAUGGAGGCUAAUGGUGACCUUGAUAACAGGAAUUUCAAUAAAUUGUAGGGAGCAGCAGCCACCAUAUAGUAGGUUUAAUGGUGAAUAGAAGGUAAAGAAAAUGGUAGCAAUUGGUGAGGCUAACUCUUUCAAAGAGGUUCAUUUUAAAGAAAAAAUCUCAAUUGAAAAAAAUAUAUGUACAAGGAUACUCACCUUAACUUUGUUUAUUAUAGAAAAAAAAAAGGAACCAUCCUAAAUGGCCAAGAGUGAAAUGAGAGAUCAAUAGGGCGCUUAGGGAAAGUGGUAAAUGUUGGAACAGUAAUUCAGAGUGGGAGAGGGAGCUGACCAGAGACAAGUGAAAGAAUAAUGAAAUAGCCUGGUAAGCAUAUCUAAUGUUGGGCACCAUAGAUUUAUGAUACCAAUCUGUCCAGUGGUAUGAUUUUCUUCAAUGGUGAAGGCAACAGUGAAUUUGCUAGAGAAGGCAAAUUGGAGGAUUGCUCUGGAGUGGUGAUUUUUCCAAGCAGGUGAGGCAAAAGCACAGAGGUUUAAGGUGAUGGUGAAAGAGGGUUUAAGCAGCUAGGCUAGAUAUGAGCCCAAGAGGGGGCCAGAUAAACUGGGAGAAAAUAGAGACUAGGAGACUGGGGAGUCUCUGUGAGGUCAGAGAACACAGAUAGGGGGAUGAAAAGUGUGAGAGAACUGAUAAGACCAGAGCUGGGACUCAGAGUAUAAGAUACUAGGGGCAGCAUUACAGAAAGGGCACAGAUUUUGAAAUCAGGCAGAUAUGAAUUUGAAUUACAGCUCUAGUAUUUAAUAGUUAUUAGUACUAGCAUUUAGGCAAUUUCCUCAAACUCUGUAGACUUUUUUUUAAAACCAGGAAAAAUAUUCCAAAGGAGGCUAAGUAUCCCUAUAAGUAGAUAAGGUUUUUUCCAAGGUGAAAAUUUACAAUUUCCUCCUCUGUAAAGUAAGUAUAAUGACACCCAUCUCACAGAAAUACUGGUACAUGGCCGUGGUUCAAUAGCUGUUAGCCCCCUUCUCUUCCACUCAACAUUUAUUGGGUACUUACUCUGAAAUAUUCUGUCCUGGGAACACCAAGAUGAAAGUCAGUUCACUCAUUUUAGCGACUUGUGGUUUAGCAGGAGUGACAAAAAUACAAAGAGAUAAAUUACAGACACAAUGUAAACAGACAAGUUACAGUUCAAGUUGAUAAGUACCAUAAUAGCAAUAUGAACACAAUGCUAUGGGAAUCCAGUGAAAAAGUAACUAAUAGUGCCUGAUGGAAUGUGGGAAAUCUUCCCUGCAAAGCUACUCACAACCCAUUUUUUAGUUCUACUGUUGCUUGAAAGAAAGUGGCUGGAAAUGGGGACAUGACAUUUUAAGGAGGAAUAGCAAAGAAGCUUCUGUUUUUAUUUUCUUAGAUCAAAAGGGAAACAGGUUCAAGAGAUGUUUGUUCGUUUGGUCAUUUUUAAAGGAGAAUGACCUGUGCAUGUUUGUUUACUGAGGAAAGAAGGAUGUAGUAAAAGUCAGAGACAUUUAAGGCAAUUGAGUUGAGAGUAAAGGAAAUAAUCAACGGUUCAAGGUUCCAGUGGAGGAGGCAAGAAGAGUUAAAAUCUGGAACCCAGGUCAGGGGUUUACUCAUGGACAGAAGGCAAAAUAACCCUUUCUCUAAUAUCAGGCGAAAGAAGAGAAGAUAAAAAUAGACGUAAAAAAAUUUUACAUCUAAAAGGAGUAAAGGAGUCAAUUUCUGGAAAUUGUAUUCUAUUAUGUCAUUUUUGUUGAUUUUUAUAAACCAAGAAUACUUCCUUAAUAUGUUCACAACAAAUAAGUGCAGCUUGUUUGGGGAGCUAAUUCGUACAACUGACAGAGCUGCCAACUGUUGGUCAAAUGGAAGCAACAGAAAUAAAAGACCCUCAAACCGUCAUUUCUGCAGCUAGAAAAGGGGUGCUGAUUGCUGCAGCAGGCAACUGUGAGAGGGAAUAGCAACCUCCUCCUCUCACUUGCUUUCACCUUCAGUUCUUAACUGGUUACUAGAUGAGGCCCUGUUCCCCAUUCCAAUCUUCUUAUACUCCAAUCCACACACACACCCCAUGAAGCAAUUUUCUAACCUGAAUUUUGCCCCUUUUUGAAAAGCAGAACCCAAAAGUAUUGGGCUGCAUCAUGCUCCAUCCCGACCUUUGUACCCAAUGACUCCCCCUUUCUGGGACAAUGUCCCACAGUUACUUCUCACUGGUGUACACUUUUAGGAAGUAGGACCUUCUGAAAUGUAGGUUUCUGGCAUUGACGGAAGGAUCUCUCCCUAGCCCAACUAGGAACACAGCAGGUGGUAGGCUGAGGCACUGGGCAUUUAUCAGCUAGUUUAUGCCUAAUAUCUUUUCAAAUUGCAUCAUUUAAUAAAAUCAGAGGAAUUAAUUAAAAACUUGCGUUGUUGUAGGGACCUUCAGUUAAUCGCUGCUUUCCUGCUUCUGCUCUUAAGCACAUGCCAAGAUAACAAAAUAUCUGCACAAAUUGAAACUGGACUCUUUGUCCUUUUACUGUUAAUGUAAAAUGUGUCUACAUUUCCCGCUAGAUCACACACUGGCCUUGUAAACUUCAGGACUUUUUUUUGUAACCAGGAAAAAUAUUCUAAGGGAGGUUAAGUAACCCUGUAAGGAGACAGGGUUUCUUCCAAGGUGAGGAAAACACUAUCUCCUUAGAGGAGUACAAUGGAAGGACAAGAGCAUGGGAGAGUGAGGAAACUCUGCCUCUUUAAAGAGAAUUAACAGAACUCACUGAAAAGAAGCACAAAAAAAAAAAAAGAAACUAAUAUUUAUGAAGCACCUACUAUACACCUGGUGGAAACCCUAGUGGCGUAGUGGUUAAGUGCUACAGUUACUAACCUAAAAGUAGGCAGUUUGAAACCACCAGGUGCUCUUUGGAAAUACUAUGAGGCAGUUCUACACUGUCUUAUAGGGUCGCUAUGAGUCGGAAUCGAUGCAAAGCCAAUGGGUUUGGUUUUUUUUUUAUAUACUUGGUACUGUGUUUGGGUACUUUCAUAGGCCUUAUUUAACUUAGCCCUCACAACUACCCUGUGAGGCACUUAUCUACAUUUAUAAAAGAGAAAACUGUUCUCAGAUUGGUUACUGUAAUUGAUUUUCCCAAGGCCACACAGCUAGUGAGUGAGUAGUAGAGGGGAGUAAAGAACAGGAAAGAUACUUGGGCAAGAGAGGAGAGUCCUAUUGUUUUUUAUUUUGAAACUAAAGGAUUGGUUUCCUUUUAGACUUUUUGUAUCAGUAAGCCUCCCUUUUCUGUUCCUGGCAUGACCUUAGACUGGAAAAUGAAUCAUUUUUAAAAAGGAGCUAGCAUUCUUCGGUCACUUGACUACUCCCUUCUUGCCUCCGUGUUCAUUCUCCCAAAUCCUCUCAGCUAAUCUCCCAGACCACUCACUUCAUUAAUCACCUAACAUACAUCUUCUGUUCCUUCUAGUCAUUUGUUCAUUCAUUAGUUCAACCAACAAUCAUUUAUUAAAGAGCUACCCUGUGUCAUCAUCAUUCUGACAAGCACUAGAGAAGCAAAAUGAAGACCCAGUUCCUGCUCUGGAAAGGUUCACGAUCUUAAGGAGGCCACAGGCAUGGAAACAGUAUAAAUGCUAAAAUAGAGGGCAGAUGCAGACUAAGGUUUGGUAGGCCUGAGGUUACCCAGUUGUGGGGGGAGGGAAGAAAGAGAAUAUAAAAUUAAGGUUCAAAACUGAAUAUUUGGAUUGAGAAAAGGAACUGCAACAAUUUACAAAUCUUAAAAAGCUGAAAGAUACUAUAAACAUCACAAAAACCAAAACAAUUCUAACAUGUGUUUUAUUAAUUAACUGUGAGACACAUCUGUAGUACUUGUUUUCUGCAUUUUUUUUGUUAUAUACUUUUUAAUCAUCUCUUCAUAUGACAAUGAUUUUGUAAUGUCAUUUUAUAUAGAAAGAACUAAAAGGUAAUUUAAUCUUUUCCUUAGCAUGUUUGAUCAAAAUUUGUUUUUUAUUCCUGACAGAUGGGAUGCAUAAAACAUGUCACAGCACAUACAGACAUACUCACUACUUAAUGAUAAUAAAUAGUAAUACUGUUACAAGGUUAAACCAAAAAACCGAAUCCGUUACCACUGAGUCGAUUCUGACUCAUAGGGACCCUGUAGGACAGAGUAGUACUGCUCCAUAGUGUUUCUAAGGAGCGGCUGGUAGAUUCAAACUGCUGAACUUUUGCUAGCAGCCAAGCUCUUAACCACUGCGCCCCUUCAAAAGCAGGAAUUAUGAUAAAUUCUAUUUUGCACUAUUCCCAUGAAAAAAAGAAAAAAUGCUAUAGUUCAUUUAUACUUGCAUUUGCUGCAUUAUUGACUGUAUCUUUUUACUGUGGUAAAUAUAUAUAUAGUCAUGCACUGUAUAACAUCUAUUUGGGGAACGUCCAUGGUCCCAUAAGGUUAUAAUAGAGUUCAGAAAUCUCCAUUGGAGAACAGGACAGAGUGGACGUAACUGGACUAGCGAACACAACAGCUUCCCACACACAACACAUGUAUCUCGUGUCUCUUGUAUACAAAGUGAUUGUGCUACCAGGCAUAUAAUGGUACAGUACAUAUAUAACCUAUAAUAUUAUGUCUUGAAAGUCAUAAUAACCACCUAUGUUACCGGUUUAUGUAUGUACUAUACUUUCUAUCAUCCUUUUCAUGUGAACUUCCCCUACUUACAAAGUUUACCACGUAACGGUGUAUGCUUCAACUCGUAGGCGGCAGCAUCCAAUCUCAUAUAUAGCAUGUCUCUUGAGUGUUGUAGCAUUAUCUGUUUAGUUUUUUUUUUUUUAAUAUUUCCACGAAGUGCAUCAUGGCUCCCAAAAGUAGCAAAACCAGUGCUACUGAUAGCAGCAGGAAGAGGCAAAGGAGAAGUAUCAGUCUGGAAGUGAAACAAAAGGUAUUUAAACAACAUGAAGGUGGAAAAUCAGUGAAUGCUAUCGUUCGUGAUUUAGGCAUGUUCACACAACAUCCAAAUCACAUGACAUCCUAUUUCACAGACCAUAUUGUGGACGUUAAGUGAGGCAUGACUGUAUAUAGGAAACAUUUGCAAUUUAAACAUUUUUGUAUGUACAAUUCAGUAACAUUAAUUACAUUUAUCAUGUUGCUCACCCAUCACUACUAUCCAUUUCCAACUUUUUUUCAUCACCCUUAACAGAAGUUCAGUGUACCCUGAGUAAUGAAUCCCUUAUCCUCCCCUCUCACCCAUACCUGAUAACCACUAACAAACUUUCGCCUCAAUACACUUGCCUAUUCUAGAUAUUUUAUAUAAGUGGGAUCAUACAAUAUUUGUCCUUUUGUGACUGAUUUAUUUCACGUAGCAUAAUGUUUUCAAGGUUCAUCCAAGUUGCAGCAUAUAUCAGGACUUCAUUUUUCUUUAUGGCUGAGUAAUAUUCUAUUGUUUGCAUAUACCACACUUUGUUUAUCCAUUCAUGUGUUGCUGGACAUUUGGGUUGUUUCCACCUUUUGGCUAUUGUGAACCAUGCUGCAAUGAACACUGGUGUAAAAGUAUCUGUUUGAGUCUCUGUUUUCUAGUCUUUGGGGGUGUAUAUACCUAAGAGUGGAAUUGCCAGGUCAUAUGGUAGCUCUGUGUUUAACUUUUUCAGGAACUGGCAAACUGUUUUCCACAGCAGCUAUACCAUUUUUCAAUCCCAUCAACAAUGGAGGAGAGUUCCUAUUUCUCCACAUCCUUGCCAACACCUGCUGUUUUCUGUUUGUUUGUUUUCUAAUCAUAGCCAUCCCAGUGUGUGUGAAGUGGUAUCUCAUUGUGGUUUUGAUUUUCAGUUCCCUAGUGACUAAUGAAGGAGACCUGGUGGCACAGUGGUUAAGCACUAGACUGCUAACGGAAAGGUCAGUGGUUUGAACCCACCACUGUGGGAAAGGCCUGGCGAUCUGCUCCUGUAAAAAUUCAGCCUAGGAAAACCUAUGGGACAGUUCCACUCUGUCAUAUAGGUUCACUAUGAGUCAGAGUCGACUUGAUGGCACAACGACAACGAUGACUAAUGAUGUUGAGCAUCUUUUCAUAUGCUUGUUGAUCAUUUUAUUUCUUCUCUGGUAAAAUGCCCAGAAAUCAUACAAAGUAUCUUCUCUGAUCACAAUGAUGCGAAAUUAGAAAUUAAUAAUAAAAACUGUAAAAUACACAAAUAUGUGGAAAUUAAACAACACAUUAUUAAACAAUCAGUAGGUCAAGGAAUAAAUCAAAAGAGAAAUCAGAAAAUACUUAGAGUUGAAUGAAAAUGAAAGCACAACAUAACAAAACUUAAGGGACAUAGCAAAAGCAAUGCUCAGAGGGAGAUUUAUAGUUGUAAAUGCCUACAUUAAAAAAAGAUCUCAGAUUAAUAACCUAAAUUUACAACUUGAGGAACUAGAAAAAGAAGAGUAAGCCAAACCCAAAGCAACAAUAAGGAAGGAAAUAACAAAUAUCAGAGCAGCAAUAAAUGAAAAACAAAAGAGAAUCAAUGAAACCAGAAGUUGGUUUUCUGAGAUCUAUAAAAGAAACAAACCCUUAGCAAGACUGACAAAAGAAAAAGAGAGAGGACGCAAAUAUCUAAAAUUAAAAGUUGAAGUGGGGACAUUACAACUGACUAUAAAGAAAUAAAAAGGCUCAUAAGAGAAUACUGUGAGCAACUGUACACAAACAAAUUAGAUAACUUUGAUGAAAUGAACAAAUUCCUAGAAACACAUAAACUUCCUACAUUGACUUAAGAAGAAAUAGAAGAUAUCAACAAACCCAUAAGUGAAGAGAUUGAAUCAGUAAAAAAAAAAAAAAAAAAAAAAAAACCUCCUCCAAAAGAAGAGCUCUGGACCAUAUGGCUUCACUGGGGAAUUCCACCAAACGUUUACGGAAGAAGUGAUUCCAGUCCUUCUAAUACCUUCCCAAAAACUGAAGCAGAGGGAACGCUUCCUAAUUCUUUCCCUGAGGCUAGCAUUACCCUGAUACCAAAGCCAGACAAAAACUCUACAAAAAAAGAAAACUACAGGUGAAUAUAGAUAGAAAAUUCUCAACAAAAUACUAGCAAACUGAAUCCAAAAGCAUAUUAAAAGGGUUAUUCACCAUGAUAGAGUGGGAUUUACCCCAGGAACGUAAGGGUGGUUCAACGUUAGAAAAUCAAUCAGUGUAAUACACAUUGAUAAAACAAAGGAAAUGUACCCCAUGAUCAUCUCAAUUGAUGCAGAGAAGGUAUUUGACAAGACCCUUUCAUGACAAAAAAAAAAAAAAAAACUCAACAAAC